UUUUGUGUUUUUGGAUUUUUCAUUGUUGGGACCCAAACACCAAUCUUGAUUCUCCAUUCUCACUAUCUGAACUCAUUUCCUUAAAUCCUAACCUGUGUCUGAAAUCAUAAAUCUACAACAAUGCAUCAUCAGUCGUUUCAGCACUUCGGUGGUGUAGAACCACCUUCGUAUCUUUCCGGCGAAGAUCUCCGCCCUUCUUCGCCGUCCCACCACCGUAACCCCGCCGCCAACAACGUCGACCGUGCUCUAUACGAUGACCUCGUCCAGAUCUUUCCUCUCGUUCAGUCGCUGAUUGAUCAAAAGGGAAGUAGUUGUUUCACUCGUAGGGGGUCCAUGAUCUACACUAAGAAACCUUCAAGAGAAUCAAUCUCUAAUAAGGUGACUGAAAGGGAUGCUCAAUCAAUUCUCAGGAAAAAGCGCGUGGAAAAUGGUGGAAACGACCAAGUUGUGUUUCCCUCGAGUGCAAAUUUGACAAAAGAAAGGGAAGAACUGGUUGAAUUGAGGGAGAAAGUGGAGGAUUUGCAGAAACAGUUGUUGGAGAAAGAUGAAAUCUUGAAGUCAGCAGAAGCUUCAAAAAGUGAAACUGAUUCUGUUCAUAGCAUGCUCGAUCAUGUGAAGAAACAGGCAUUGGAAAAGGAUGCUUUACUGCGCUCUACUCAAGCACAGUUAGCUGAUGUAAAGAUUAAACUUGCUGAUAAACAAGCAUCUGUCGAGAAACUACAGUGGGAAACUAUGACUUCCAACAAAAAGGUGGAGAAACUCCAGGAAGAUUUGAAUGCCAUUCAAGGAGAGACGUCAUCAUAUACGUUGUUAUUCGAAGGUUUAUCAAAUGACAAUUAUACCCUUUCGCACCAAGACUGUUAUGAUGUCACCCCACAUGAUGAUCACCUUCCUGAAAUAGAUGACAUGGAUGAGAUGGAAAUGAGGAAAAUGGAAGAGGCGCAAGAAGCCUACAUGGCUGCUGUUGCGGCUGCAAAGGAGAAGCAAGAUGACGAGUCGAUCGCAAAAGCUGCCAAUGCUAGGUUGCAUCUGCAAUCUUUUGUUUUAAAACGUUGACUGGUGUAACAUUUAACAGGGCUGACCUGAGUGUUUUUGGUAAAACAGAGCAUUUAGUUCGAUAUUUUUACAAUACUAAGUGUUUUUUAGGUUUGUAUUCACUCAAGCGAAUUGGUUAUCGUAGAAGUGGAAAACAGGCUGGCUUGUGAACGGAUCAGGAUGGCUGGUUUGUUGAACCGACCGGAGUCUAUGUUAGUUUGAACUUUAGUUGUUUAAAAACAAAGCUGACACGACUUGUUUGCAA